AUGGAGGUGAGCUUCAAGAAGAAGAGCAAGCGUUCCGUUGGUGGCCGUAAACGCUCACGUCGGCCUCUCGAAGACACAGAAGAUGCCUCUACCAGUAGUGCAGGCGAUGACGUGGACGUAGAGCAGAUCCAACGCUCCAUAGAGGAGCUACGCGAGGACCAAAAACUACGCGACCAGAUCCUUAGAGAGGAGUUGGCCACUCAAAAGCAGGAGGCAGCCAAGAAGACACAGAAGAAGGCGGAGGCAGCCGCAGACACGAGUCACUAUGGACUGCACGAUCCCAAGAAGGACGGAUCCACCAAUCAGAAGUUGCUGACGCUGCUAGACGGACAGUUCACGGGUCAAAGUGCCACGACCGACAAGGAUCAGCAUGAGGAGCUCUUGAACAAAUUUAUUGAGGAGAGACUACAGAAAAAGAGAAAAAUGGAGGCUCGCCAGGACACAGUAAACGUCAAUGACGCAGCAGCUGCUCUUAAGACUGCAGAGGACAAGUUGUUUGAACUGCCGGAGCACUUAAACCCCGAUCUGCCGAGUAGCAGCAAGAGUUUCGAUGUGGGAACAGAAGGAGGCAUGUUGAUGGGAAAUACAGGUAUUGCAGAGGUAGAACUCCCAUCGUCGUUUGCGGAGAAGACGGAGAAAGCGACUAGGAGAGCAUUGGAAGCGAAUAAAACAGGUGCAGCGAAGCUGGAUGGGAUCGGAGGCCUCACAAGUUCCAUCGUUCCGGGCAACUUUAGCACCGACUUUAAUCGCCACAAGAUUGACUACGUUGCGGAGAUGAAGAGCCUGAAUAAAGAUGAGCAACGUGAGCGUGGAUUCCGUCAAGUCGGCAAGAGCAAGGCAACCGACGACCACGCCGUCUCCCAGUUCAGAAAGUUAGAAAGUCGCAAACUACGUCAUCGCUGA